GACACACACACACACACACACGUGUCCUGUCUACUUUCCCCCGUGGUGUUGCCGCGGAGUGGAGUUUACUUUCUUGAUUCUGGUUUCAGCAUAAUGACUCGAGUGGAUUUCUCGCAUGUGACAAUGCGCCGAUUCAGAAAGAUCUAAACUCGACCAGACUCAAACAUGGAUGGAUCGACGAACAGUCUGGAUGAUGUGUCUGCUGGAAGCAGCGCAGAGUUUCCAGACAGGCUUUCGCUUAUGGAAGUGCGUCUUCAGACACAGGAAGAUGAGAUCACAUUGCUCAAGUCCUCAUUGGCUGAUGCAUUGCGUAAGCUCCGCCUCCACGACCAACAGAUCCCACUACUGAAGCAGCAGCUAAUUGCCAUGAACCCUGGCGCAGCUCGGGUGUUGAAUCAGUCUUUUGGUGUUGAUGGUUUCUUCAAAUCUCACAGGCACUCCACCAGUUCUCUGGAUGGACUGCACAGCACAUUUGACAGCCAUGUCUCAGCUGAAAAUGGAGAGCGCAAUAUAGCUCACUCUAUCCCCAGCCUGAAAACAGGCACUAGUGAAAAAGCCACACAAACUGAACCCUGGAACCCUGAGCCAGAGAGGACACCUUUUGCCCUCACCAGGGCCUCCAAGAGUCUUUCACUGGAGGACGCACUUCCCGAAGAUGUGUCCCUCAUCAACAUGGCCCUGCACAAAGCUCAGCUAGAGAGUCAGCUGGAGGAAGAAGAUAGUGAAGACAAAGAAAAAAGCUGGCACUCUAAAGUAGAGGAGACAAUCCAGUGCACAACUAUUAAAAGUCUCCAAAAACAACAAAGCAAAAGCAGUGAAGAAAGCCAAGGCUCUGCCCCUCAGACUCCCACGUCCAGUUCUCCAGCGCCGCCUAAAGAGUCUACACACAGUGGAUCCCUUUCUCCCAUUCUGGAGGGCGAGAAGAAACCGCUGGAACGCCGGAAUAGUGAGAAAGUCGGUAAGGACAUACAAGAUAAAACCAAACAGCGAAUGCCGAAAAAAGCAGCAUCAUCAACCAACCUGCUGACCCGAUCUCCGAGUCUAGAGGGCCGAGCGAAAGACCUCCUCUCCAGCACAGUAUCCCAGGGUUCGAGGAGAGGAACACAGGGCCAGUCUAUCAAGAUGUUCAUCCGUGGGCGGCCAAUCACUAUGUACAUUCCUUCAAACAUCCAGAACUAUGAAGAACUUAAGAUGGACCUUCCUUCUGAAAAGCUGGAACUGGAUUGGGUCUAUGGAUAUCGAGGACGUGACUGUAGAGGGAACUUGUACAUGCUUCCAUCAGGGGAGGCUGUGUAUUUUAUAGCCUGUGUGGUAGUUCUUUACCACGUCAAUAGACGAACACAGCGCUAUUACCGUAAACACACAGACUGCGUGCGAUGUCUAGCAGUCCAUCCAAACAAAGUGCUCAUAGCAUCCGGACAGACUGCAGGUGUAGAUAAAGAUGGCAAGCCUUUACAGCCGUUUGUACACAUCUGGGACUCCACUACACUGACGACGCUGCAGCAGAUUGGUCUGGGCACGUUUGAGCGAGGUGUCGGAUCUGUGGCCUUUUCAAGUGCAGAUGCCGGGACAUUUCUGUGUGUGAUUGAUGAUUCCAAUGAGCACAUGCUGUCUGUCUGGGACUGGAGUAAGAACACAAAAACGGUUGAAGUUAAGAGCACUAAUGAGGCAGUGUUUGCGGUGGAGUUCAAUCUUGCAGACACCAGUAACAUCAUCACUUGCGGGAAGUCUCAUGUUUACUUCUGGACCCUGAAUGCUGGCACUCUGACGAAGAAGCAGGGCAUCUUUGGAAAAUAUAAGAAGCCCAAGUUCAUCAUGUGUUUUGUGUUCAGUUUGACGGGGGAUGUAUUAACAGGUGAUUCUGAAGGAAAUAUCCUCACCUGGGGCAAAUCAGCAGCUGACAUCAAGACUUUGGGCAAAGGAGCGAAAGAGACGUUCCAGAUCAUGAAGCAGACACGAGCGCAUGAGGGCAGCGUCUUUACCCUGUGUGUCCUGCAGGGUGGCGCUUUGCUCAGCGGUGGUGGGAAAGACCGCAGGAUCGUUCGCUGGAGUGCUGACCUAGCACCUGAAAGGGAGUGUGAGAUUCCAGAGAAGUUUGGAGCAGUUCGCACAAUCGCAGAUGUGGACGGAGAGGAGCUGCUUGUUGGAACAACUCGGAACGCGAUCCUCAGGGGCACGUUUUCAGACGGGUUUAUGGCCAUAGUGCAGGGUCACGUCGAUGAGAUGUGGGGUCUGGCUACACACCCAUCACAAAACAUCUUUCUCACUUGUGGUAACGACAAACAAGUGUGUGUGUGGAACGCUGAAGAACACAGCCUGGGCUGGUGCACCACUUUGGAGGAGUCAGGUCUGUGUGCUGAUUUCUGUCCCAAUGGAUCAGUUGUUUCUGUUGGACUGAGCACCGGGCGGUGGCUGGUGCUCGACCUGCAGACCCGAGAAGUGGUGUCAGAUUUGACUGAUGGGAAUGAACAGCUCUCUGUUAUGAGAUAUUCACCAGAUGGAAGCUUUUUGGCUGUUGGUUCCCAUGACAACUUCAUUUAUAUUUACAGCGUGACAGAGGGGGGUCGGCGCUACACACGCUGCGGAAAGUGUACGGGUCACUCAAGUUUCAUCACACAUCUUGACUGGUCCAAAGAUGGGAAGUAUAUCAUGUCGAAUUCGGGAGACUAUGAAAUUCUUUACUGGGACGUGGCUGGAGGCUGUAAAUUGCUCCGAAAUCGCUUUGAGAGUAAGGAUCGUGAGUGGGCUUCCUAUACCUGCGUUUUGGGCUUCCAUGUCAUGGGCGUGUGGCUGGAGGGCUCAGAUGGAACAGACAUCAACGCUUUGUGUCGCUCUCACAGUGAAAGGCUGGUAGCAGUGGCUGAUGAUUUCUGCAAAGUUCACUUAUUCCAGUAUCCAUGCCCUAAACCAAAGGCACCCAGCCACAGAUAUGACGGCCAUGGCAGUCACGUGACAAACGUACGCUUCACCCACAGAGAUACUCACCUCCUUUCACUGGGUGGAAAGGACACGUGUAUCCUCCAGUGGCGAGUGAAGCGGGUUGGGAUUGGGGCUGGGGACAACAAGGACCAUCCAACCUCCUCGGUUCCUCCCUCCUCUUCAACUGGCAGUUCAGAACCAAAGAGCCAAAUUGAGAAAGGGAUCGAAUGAACAGAGAGAAACAAAUAAAGACAUCAAUAAAAAAGAGAAUAUCAGGUCGCACAAACUAAGUAAAAUUCAGCCUUAAUUUGCCUGUGCUGAAAGGUUCUUGGCCAUGUGUCAUGACCAGCAAAAAGUGAAAUGAUGGAGUUGCUUGAGUAAGGAUUUUCACCAGGUUUACAUGUUAUACUAUGCAAAUUCUAUGGAGAAGCGGACCAAGAUUUAUAUUUCUGUAUUCUGAUAUUACAAAGUCAGCAAAGGUUUUUUGUUGAUUAAUGUGACUUUACAGGACAUGCCAUUAUCAUCUCAGAAAGUUAUUCAGAACCAGGCGUCCCAUUUAUCAUCCUCAUCAUAGUACAUGUUUACAUUAAUGAACUCUCUCUCCUGUUUAUUUCCUUUACAACCAUGUGAUGUGUGACUAUGACAUAUAAAUGUAUUUGUCUUUACACUAUUAAACAUAAAACUUUUGUCUGUGUGAUAUUGA